AUGAAAUACGGAGCAGCUGUAUUAUCAACCUUAAUUGCUGCCGCCGUAGCCCAGCAAGAUUACGCCAUUCAAGGCCCUCCGCUCAGUACGAGAUGGACGUCUGAGGUUGGCACGAAUCCAUGGCCAUCGCAUCCUCGUCCUCAAAUGUUUAGAUCGGAAUGGCAAACUCUCAACGGAUUAUGGCAAUUUAGUCCGACAGAUGAUAGUGGGCUUGACUCGCCUCCUACCGGACAGAAUCUCGAAAGGCAAAUUUUGGUACCCAGCUGUAUCGAAUCAGGUCUCUCUGGGAUUCAAGAGGACCAUGAGUACAGCUGGUGGAAAACAUCUUUCCAAGCACCCAGUGAUUGGCCUCAAGGAAAAACACUCCUUAAUUUCGGUGCUGUUGAUUACGAAGCUACUGUUUUUAUAAACGGACAAAAUGCAGGCUCCCACAAGGGUGGCUAUAGCAGAUUCACUUUAGAUAUUACAAACCAACUUCAGGACAUCAACGAAAUAUUGGUACACGUACAUGACCCAACUGACUUAGAAGGUGUAAAUAUACCCCUCGGAAAACAACGUAGAUACCGCAGAUCACAUAUCUUCUACCAGCCAUGCACGGGUAUUUGGCAGACGGCAUGGAUGGAGCGUGUUCCUACUGACUACAUUGCGGAUGUUCUCUUCGAUGCGCAAGCGGAUGGCAGUAUUACAGCAACAAUUACCGGCUCUGAGGGUGCAAGCGGCGAUGUCUCAGUCAGUAUCCGCGAAAAAGGCUCGAGUAACCAAGUAGCAGAAAUCAGUGGUGCUAUAAACACUGCCAUUGCUGGUAAUGUCGACAAUGUACAAGUGUGGGCACCUGGCGCCCCAGUCCUCUACGAUGUCGUUGUUACAUUUAAGGAAGACAGUGUGCAAUCAUACGCAGGAUUCCGCACCGUCGCUAAGACUGAGAUCAAUGGCAUUCAACGCCCUACGGUGAAUGGAAAGUGGUACUUCCCAUUCUCCACACUCGAUCAAGGUUACUGGCCAGAUGGAAUCUACACCCCUCCUACCAAGGAAGCAAUGCAGUUCGAUGUUGAUUACCUCAAAGAGAUCGGCUUCAAUACCAUAAGAAAGCACAUCAAGGUUGAGCCAGAUGAAUACUACGCAUAUACUGAUCAACAAGGCAUAAUGGUCUUCCAGGAUAUGCCAUCUAUGCCUCACGAUACCACGGCGAAUGACGAGCAGACCAAGGAGUUCAAUAGACAAUCGCUCGAGAUUGUCAAGACACACGCCUUCUUCCCAUCAAUUGUUACCUGGGUCAUCUACAACGAGGGCUGGGGACAACAGGAAGGACCAAUUGAGAAAGGAAUCACUAACAACAUUCGUGACAAUGAUGGAACACGCAUAAUUGACUCUGUUAGUGGAUGGAACGAUAAUGGAUUCGGAGAUUACAAGGAUGUUCACAGUUACUCGGAGAGCCAAUGCGGUAUGGUCAACAACGAUACUCGAAUCCAGAUCCAAGGAGAGUUUGGUGGCGUUGGACUCAACCUGUCAGCCGACCAACUGUGGCCAGACCCAGCAGCUAUCGCAACCAUUCCAGAGACUUACGAAAUAGCAACGGAUGUCGGAGCGUACAACAACCGCUCAAUCGAGGUUAUUGACGUCCUCACCAGUCAAGUUAGAAACAACAAGUGCUCUGGCGGUGUAUAUACCCAAACUACCGAUACAGAGGGCGAAGUAAACGGAUUGAUCUCGUACAGCAGGGAUGUCUCCAAGGCAAAUAUCGAUUCGUGGAAGUCAGCUCUCCAAAGACUCUACGACGCAGCGAGAGAGAAAGGCGGCUUUUGA